CAACAUCAAGCGUUAUAGCGUUCCGCUUUGACCAAAGCUAAGGUAUACUAUUUGGUUUAGACUUCUAGUGUUAAAUACUAUUUUUGCAACUGCUGCGACGUCUAAACAAACGUUGUGAGGAGAAUUUAUUCAUGAGGUGGUUUGUUACGUCACUAGCAGAGCGAUGCUUCAUAGUUAUAGUUUAUUAGCUUGAAUGCUAUCGUUGCCGAAUAACGGCGACGUCAUGACACAGGAACCCUCCAAUACAUGUAGGAGUAGAAGCUGCUGCUUUUUCUUACUUCUCUUUUGACAGCCCUCAGGCUCAGAAAGUUGAUGCAACCUUCCUUUUUAGCAUUAGUUAGUUUUCAAAUUUAGUAACAAAAAAGAUCCAAAUUCUGCGCUACAAAUUCGCUGCGUUGCCUUUUACUGUUUGGAAGAAUGGGAAUGUGCUUACCGUGCCUUGGUGGAGCAGUCGACGACGCUGUUGACACUCCAGAUCAAGAGACGAGGAGGCGACAGUUGGCUGAGGCGGCAGAGAAAAGACAAAAAGAGACAGCAAACAGAGGUGUCAAAAACCCAGAAGCGGUUGAAAGGAAAAGAAAAAAGCAAGAAGAGAUUCAGAAACAGACGAUGAGCACGUCUGUGUCUGGCGGCGGGUUGAGGUGGCAGGUGGGCUGAAAACGGUACAAAAGGUCGAAAACAACAAAGGAUUGCUGCAGGAUGUUUUGAACUGCUGUCCACAUUAUUAUUCUUUAUGGUUUUUGUGAUUGUUUGCCUGUUUUCAUGAUAGUUUGACACAAACAGCUCCAGGUGCUUAAUGCUGAUCACGUAGAUGUGAUUGGAGCAGCAACAUCUAAACUUGCAGUCUUGUUGCCAAGUUCUUCAGACCAGCUCGAUGAUGCCAGUGGGUCGCAGUAUGUGUUGUGAAGAACACGCAAUUAGCAUGAAGUCACUAUUUAACACUAAUGGUCCUAUUUUAUGUGGCUUUUUCAAACACGAUCUGCACUCAUUACAUUUGAAGCCCAAGAAAAUAAUGCAGUUAAGACUUUAUUUUUUAUUCCUGUUGUGUGCAAGAUUGGGGGUCGUUAUAUUUCCAUAAUUGUUGUGUAUUCUUGCCCAUGUUUUUCUUCAAAUGUUGCAUCAGUAAUGCUAACGACAAGGUCCAGCCGCAUGACUUCCAUCAUCAUUUUAAACACUAAACCUGUUUCUCUCAUUUAGAGCACAAUUUCACUUUGUUGCAGUGACUUUCAUGUAAGCAAAGCAGAUGUAUCACCUGCGUAAUUUAAAUAUGAUCAGUGUUGCCAUAUGUAAGCGAACACUUGAAUAAUAAGAAAACAGCAAUGUAUUGGUAGGCAUUAAAGAAUAUAGUGAGAUACUGAAGGACUAAGUAUUUAUCUUUGACUGCGCUAAGUGUACUUGAUCUGUAAAUGCUUUGGUUGCAAAGAUAAACAAGCCAAUGUUAUUUGCUACAAUAAAUCACAUUUCUGGUAUGACUGGAUUUUGUGAGGUUUC